GACUUCUCGUCAGUUCCUAGGGCCCCUUGUGGGCGCCUCCAUCAUGGCGGCCGCUGUUGGUGUGAGCCGAGGGCCGGUCUAUGCCGAAGAGACGUCGACCUCCUCGUCGUCCAAGAAGCUCCCCAUCUAUUCUUCCCCCGUUGAACCAGUCACCCUCGCCGAGGUCCGAGGACCGUUGGAGGAGCAGGUGGGCUCGGCUCGACGCUACGUCGUCGACUCUACGCGGCACGCUAGCGAUGCGCUCCGCGGGCAGAUCUCCAAGUGGAUCGGUGUCGAGCAAGCCGUCGAGAGCAAGGUCUCCUCGCUGAUCCCAGCCGACGAGCCGCUGACGCCCGGCCUGCUCUACGUGGGCGUCGCGACGCUGGCCGGAAGCGUCUUUACGCGCUAUCGGUCCUUUCCCAUUCGCAUCCUCACACCCCCCUUGCUCCUCGUCGGCUCGCUCAACUACUUUUUGCCAAAGACAUCGCACAACUUGGCAGACUACUACCUUGAAGUUGAGCAGCGCAGGCUUCCACCGCAAGUCCGCGAUGCGCGUGAGUGGACCAACGAAAAGUGGAACGCCCUCGUCGGAGAGACGCGCCAGGGGCUGCAGUCGGCCAAGAGACAAACGAGCAGCAUCGUCGAUCAGAGCUUGAGUCGCGUCGAGCAGAACACCGGCCUCAAGGUGGGAGGAGGAGGGGGAACAGCAGCAGCAGCAUCCCCAUCCAGUGACGCUAAGAAGCUCGUGUAA